AACUGCCCGUUGCUGACCACUUUCAGUAUCUCCCUCUCUCUUCUCUCUGCUCAAGAUGCCCUUUCGUUGCUCUGUAUCCAUCUCUCUGACCAGCCCUUUUGUUCUAAAACUUUCACUCACAUCUUUUUGUCUUAUCAUCUCUUCUCCAUCCCUAACUUAAAGAGCUCAAAUUCACUUCUACUGAACUGGGGCUUUCAUCCAAGUUAUUACUUGGAUCUUUCCUUAAAAAGUCCCACCUUUGUGUUCUGUUUCGAGGCAAAAAGGAUCAAACUUUAUAGUCCGAGAGAACUGGGUCUCUGACUUUCUGUAAAUUCAAUCUUCUGGGUCUGAUCGAGGUUGGUGUUGUUGUCUGGAUGUGAUCAGAGAGGGAUAGAGAAUUUGAUUAGGAGAUGAUGGGUACAGGGCAAGACUCUGUUAAAGUGAUGGCUGUGGUGGAUAAACCUGAAAAGGAGAAGGUGUUGAGUAAAAAAAAGAAUGGGUUUUGGUUCAGAUUCAAGCUCAUGUUUAGCUGCAUCUCUUCUAGAUCAAAAGUUGAUAGUUCCACACUUGUUGAGCCUAAGACUGUUACUGAGAAGCGUGAAGGUGAUCCACCUAGCUGUAACGGUUCCACAACACCACUAAUCAGUGGGGAACUCAAGUAUUCAUCCAAGCUGAGGAUCUUCAUGUUCAACGACCUCAAGCUAGCCACUAGGAACUUCAGACCAGAGUCACUUCUCGGUGAAGGUGGGUUCGGAUGUGUUUUCAAAGGAUGGAUUGAGGAAAACGGAACCGCGCCUGUCAAGCCUGGAACUGGUCUAACCGUAGCAGUCAAAACGCUGAACCCGGAUGGCCUUCAAGGCCACAAGGAGUGGCUGGCUGAGAUUAACUUUCUUGGAAACCUUGUUCACCCAAGCUUGGUUAAACUGGUGGGAUAUUGCAUGGAAGAUGAUCAAAGGCUGCUUGUUUACGAGUUUAUGCCUAGAGGGAGUUUGGAGAAUCAUCUUUUCAGGAGGACAUUACCUCUCCCUUGGUCUGUGAGAAUGAAAAUCGCGGUUGGUGCAGCUAAAGGUCUUGCGUUUCUUCAUGAGGAAGCUGAGAAGCCUGUCAUUUACCGCGAUUUCAAAACAUCUAACAUCUUACUAGAUGCGGAAUAUAACGCAAAGCUCUCUGAUUUUGGGCUUGCAAAAGAUGCACCAGACGAGAAAAAAUCACAUGUAUCAACCAGAGUCAUGGGAACAUAUGGUUAUGCAGCUCCUGAGUAUGUAAUGACUGGACAUUUGUCGACAAAGAGUGAUGUAUACAGCUUUGGAGUAGUGUUACUUGAGAUACUAACUGGACGAAGAGCAGUGGAUAAAACCCGUCCCAACGGUGAACAAAACUUGGUCGAAUGUGCGAGACCUCAUCUUUUAGACAAGAAGAGGUUCUACAGACUGUUAGAUCCUCGCUUAGAAGGUCACUACUCGAUCAAAGGUGCUCAGAAGGCCACACAAGUAGCUGCGCAGUGUCUGAACCGAGACUGCAAAGCUAGACCAAAGAUGAGUGAAGUGGUGGAAGCAUUAAAGCCGUUACCAAGUCUUAAAGACUUUGCUAGCUCCUCUUCUUCUUUUCAAACUAUGCAGCCGGUUGGGAAGAACGGUGUAAGAACACAAGGAGGUGGAGGGUUUGUGUCGAGGAAUGGAGUGCCUUUGAGGAGUUUGUCUAGCUUGAACUUGCCUCAAGGUUCUUCGCCUUAUCGGUAUGCUCGUGGAUCACCAAAGCCUAAAGGAUAAUAAGAGACAUGACUCAGAGUAUAGGAGUUAGUUCUUAUUCAUGUCUGACCGGUUGGAUCUUCCAGCUUCCUGCUGCAAAAGAGAUGGUUCUGUGGAAAGUGAAGCCUUGGGAAGUUUUGGAAUGUUGGGAUCCUUGUUUUUGUUCCUUUGAGUUGGUGGGAACUCAAGAAGAUAUCUUUGGUCUUGAAGGUCUAAAGAUUUUGAUAUGUGACUUUGUAUUGUGUAGAAAUGUAAAGGUCAAGAGUGUAAAGUGAACCUGUUGUUUGUAAAAGCUUUAUGUAAUGUGAAAAUUUUCUUUAACUUGGUUAAAAUAUAAAAAUCCAUUUAUAGAUU